CCGCCGUCGCGAACAAUGCAAUAUGCGCUCUCAGAGAACCCGAGUGCUUCUGCUUGGCUAGAACUUGAUCCUCCCGACCUUCCGCACAGGCCGCAUUCUGAUGAGCCUCCAAGUAGGAAGUCUCCCGGCUCAUCUCCGGCACGGCUAGAGGUCAGUACUCCAAAGCGACCUCGCGCGGUGUCUUCCCCUCCGAUGUCCCCGACGGCAUCGAAGGGUUCUUCUAAUGGAAAGGCUGGUGAUGAACGUACCCAAUGCUCUGGAAGAACAAAGAAAGGAGAACGAUGUACACGUCAAGUCAAGACGGAUCCUGCUUUGAACGCUCUAUAUCCCGAUAUUGCUGUAGAAAGGUUCUGCUUCCAACAUAAAAAAGAGGUAAAUGAACAAAGUGGAUAUUAUUGGAAAUCAAAUGUCUGGGUAGAUUUCUCCGAAUAUAUACCCGGUUACCUACAUCCGGAUACCCAAGCUGCUUUACGAGUUGAAAUGGAGAAGCCACCAACGAAGAGCGAUGAACCUGGAUACAUCUAUACGUUUGAAAUUCGGGAUCCGUCCACGCCAUUCAUGAUUUACCUGAAAGUCGGACGAACAGUCGAACUCAACACACGACUAAACAACUGGAAGAAGCAGUGCGGCUCGAAAGAACAGAUCCUUCGCGGUUGGUGGCCUGGGACAGUCGCAAAUGACAAUGGCAACAAUAAUAACGGAGAGACGAGUUUGAUGAAAGGACGUGUGAAACCUGGUGAGAAGGGUGCCUUCUGUCACAAACUGGAGAGACUUGUGCAUCUUGAGCUCGCGGAUCUUGUUGUGUAUGCACCGUACCUGAAUCCAGACUUCCAGAAUGUAUCGGGUGAGGAGUCGACGAGCGCGAGGAUCCCGCGGUCAAACCCGGGCACACCGGGGAAAGGUGGUAAACGUGCUGGAGCGUCGUCUGCAGCGUUGAACAGCCUUCAACAGGGGAAUGUGCCUUGUGCUGACUGCGGGACAGUCCACAAGGAGAUAUUCUCCUUCCUCCGACCAGAGAAGGGAUCGUACAAGGGAAGAGAAUGGGACUUGCUCGUGAUGCCCGUUAUCGAGAAAUGGGGACGAUUCGUCGAGAGUUUGCGAUAGCAUUUCCUAUUGUCUGCUAUACGUACUUUUGACUCUGACGGAUUCGCUGUAUGAUUGCUCUUGCUCUCGGAUAUCUAUCGAAGGAAUUUGGUUCAGAACUCACUGACACUGUAUUA